AUGGGAAGGAUUGCCAUACGAAGAGGCGCCCUCCAAGCCGACAGCGACGCACGAGCGGGCAAAGAGCGACCUCGAUGGUUACCUGGCGAUCCAUCUUCGAGCGAAGACACCGCCCACGCAUGGGCACCACUGGCCACAGCAGUACAAAUGGGACAAAAACGGGAAGUGGCUCGCACCACCGGCACGUGUACGCCUAUCAGAUGA